AUGUAUAGGCAUCCCACUUAUUUUAUCAUCAUCUUGGAAGCAUUAGUAGUAAAUACUAGUAGUAAUCAUUUUCAACAAAAAAAAGGAACUCCAAGUGAUCCAUCCUUCUCCUCCACAGCAUACACACUCGAAUUAACCUUUUCUUCCUCCACCAUCCGCCGCCGCCCAAUGGCGGGCGACGGCGACUGCGCGCGAUGCUGCUUCAGCUUCGUGUUCACCUCGGGGCUGGCAGCACUGUUCCUAUGGCUGAGCCUUCGCCCCUCGAAACCAAACCUCUACAUCGAAGAAUUCUCCGUCCCCGGCCUCAACAACUCCGGCGCGGCGAGGAACAACCACAGCAUCCUCUUGAAGCUGGGCCUCCGAAACCAGAUGAAGGACAAGGGCGUGGGCUACGCCGACAUAAGCCUCCUCUUCCUCUACAACUCCACCCUCCUCGUCGCCAACCACACGCUUCCCGCCUUCUACCAGGGCCACGGCAAGACCGCUCACCGGACCCACGCCGUUGAGGCUGAGGGGGUGCCGUGGGCGGCGGCGGCGGCUCUGUCUACCAACGGGAGCGUGAGGUUUAGGGUGAGGGCGGCGACGAGGGUCAAGUUCAAGAUUAUGCUGUGGUUCACCAAGAGCCACGCCUUGCGGGUCGCCGGAGAUGUGGAGGUGGGACCCUCCGGGAGGAACGUGGUGAAGAAAUCGAUCAAGUUGAAGUCUGGCGUGGCGGGGCCCCGGAGUCGGUGGCUGACAUUCAGCGUUGCUACGCUCUUCACUUUCUUCAUCUUGUAAACAAUUUUUUUUUAAGUAAAGGUUAAAAAUGGUUCUAAAUAUAUGGUCAUUUUACGAUUUUA